AACGAGCGACCACAGUACUAUAUCCUUUUGUUGUAUAGUAAGAACUACAGAACUAGAACUAACAAAAUUGUUGUUUAUUUAGUUUAUUAAUUCCACCGAAAAAGGACAGAUGUGAAUUUCCUUUGUAGAGCCUUAGAUGCUUAUACUUAGGCUAGCUAGUAUGCAAACUAUAUUGAAUUCGAGGUGUCCUUUGGCUUUCCAAGUCCCAUCCUUCGAAAUCGUUAGUAUCACGAUGCCUUAGAAUAAACUGCCCCGAUCAACAGUUUUCCCCAAAACAGCCCUAGCCAAACUUGAUAAUAAUCCAAUGGCCUUGCUAGAACUGGUAACAUGGCUAAUUAGAAAAACGCACCAAUCGAUGGGCAUGACUGUCAGCACGAAUGCUGUCGUCAUCACAAAGGAUCAGAGCAACCUGAUUGGCAUCAGCAUUGGAGGUGGAGCACCCAUGUGUCCAUGUCUGUAUAUCGUGCAGAUCUUCGAUGGAACACCCGCUGCUCGUGAGGGAUCCCUGCAAUCCGGAGAUGAACUGUUGGCUGUGAACUCGGUGAGCGUGAAGGGCAAGACGAAGGUGGAGGUGGCUAAGAUGAUCCAGACGGCCACCGACGAGGUGGUGAUCCAUUACAACAAGCUGCACGCCGAUCCCGAACAGGGCAAGACACUGGACAUCAUCCUCAAGAAGCUGAAGCAUCGGAUUGUGGACAAUUUGUCCAGCAAUACGGCGGAUACGCUGGGUCUAUCCCGCGCCAUACUGUGCAAUGAUUCGCUGGUCAAGCGACUGGAGGAGCUCGAGGGCACCGAACUGAUGUACAAGGGACUCGUGGAGCAUGCUCGUCGGAUGCUCAAGGCCUACUACGAUCUCCUGCAGACGUAUAAGUCCUUUGGGGAUUGUUUCACCCAAAUAUCGGUCCAUGAACCGCAACAGCGGGCAUCGGAGGCGUUUCGAACGUUCGGCGAAUUCCAUCGCACCUUGGAGAAGGAUGGCUUGGGCAUCAUCAAACAGAUAAAGCCAGUGCUGGCCGAUCUGGGAACGUAUCUGAAUAAAGCCAUUCCGGACACCAAGCUCACGGUGCGUCGCUAUGCGGAUGCCAAGUUCACAUAUCUAUCGUACUGCCUGAAGGUCAAGGAGAUGGACGAUGAGGAGCAUGGCUUUGCUGCCCUCCAGGAGCCACUUUAUCGCGUCGAAACGGGCAACUAUGAGUACCGCUUGAUACUGCGAUGUCGCCAGGAUGCACGCAGCAAGUUCGCCAAGCUGCGCACCGAUGUGCUCGAGAAGAUGGAGCUGCUGGAAUGCAAACAUGCCAUGGAUCUGAACAAGCAGCUGCGAAGCCUGCUCGAAAGUUUGGCCGAACUUCACAGGAGUUUGGUGGAUCGACUGGACUCGCUGCCACCGCUCUUUCCCAUCGAAGUGGAUUUCAAGGAGACGGACUUCCAGUACAAGUCGAGCACUCUGAAGCCGCAGGAGUUGGACGAUGAUGAAAUCGAGGCCAACAAUCAUCCGCAUUCCACUCCUUCGCAAGUCGAUUGCGGUUUCGAGGCUGUCGAACAGCCGGCGGCAAUUAUAAAUGUGGAGGCGGCCAAGGCAUCCGUUGAUUCGUCCACCUUCCAAUCCACCAGCGAGAACGAGACGCUGCUCAAGGAACUGGGUCUGUACGAUGUGGAUCUGCUCUCCAAUCCGCAGACCAUUAGCAACCAAAAGGACUCCAUUGCUGCCCAAAAUGAUGGCUACGAUUUCGAUUUGUUCUUGAACCAGGCGACUGCAGCCACCACCAGUUUGGAGCGCGAUCUCAUGUCCUCGAAUGCGGAGGAGAUGGAUCUGCUACUGCAAUAAGCUCCUUAGUACAAAUAUUAAGUGAUGUGUUAGAUAACUAUUAAAUGUUUCAGUAUUUGGUGUAGAUAUCAAAAAAUAUUAAAAGCCUUUCAAUUUAUUAGCGUAAAA